AUGACUGUGACUGAACCCAAACUCAUCUCUGGACCCACUCGAAAGGCCCCCACAACACCGGUGAAGAAGACGAUUCCUACCCGCACAGUAACACCGCGACGCCCACAGCAGCGUGAUGCUAAGAGUGUGCCCAAUGCGAAUGCCAGUGGACGAAACACUAUAAUGGACGAUGCCCAUGAAUCUUCGGAUGCAUUUCGUUCACGUGUGACUGAGAUUACACGGUUUAAAGUCUUUUCCCGCGUGCGCCCUUUCAUUGCAGAGGAACUUGCCGAGAUGGAAGGACAGGAACGUCGUUCUGUGGUGGAAAUGACAGAUAACAAGACGGUGAUUUUGGACCCCAAGGAUGGAUGGGCGCCCAAGGCACAGUUCGAGUUUGACGCCAGUCUGUGGUCCAUCCCGCCAGAGCACCGCAUAGUGCACACUUUUCACGACACGAAACGCAGUGACUAUGCGACGCAAAAGGAUGUGUAUGAACUUAUCGGGAAGGAUCUUGUGCCGCACGUGUUUGAUGGAUUUAACAGCUGCAUUCUUACGUAUGGACAGACCGGAAGUGGCAAGACGUAUACAAUGAUGGGUCUAUACGAUCCCAAUGCGUCGUGUGGGGGUGACGGGGAAGAAGGCAUUAUACCACGUGUUUCAAAUGAUUUGUUUUUAAUUCUCACCACUAAACAAGCGGAAGAGGCAAAGAAAACUGAACUGCAUGACCGUGUGCGGUUCCGCGUUGAGGUGAGCUUUGUGGAAAUUUACAUGGAGCGUGUGCGGGACCUACUGGAUCCCGCACUGAAGAACUCGAAGGGUAAUGAGAAGCUGCAGGACGCUCGGAUUCGUCAGGAUCCAUACAGUGGGCCCUUUGUGGAGGGUGUGACAAAGUACCAGGUGGAGAACUGGGCACAGUGUUGUUUGCUUCUGGAACGUGGCUCCAUGCAUCGAACGACGUGCGCCACGGCGGUACACAAUCAGUCUAGCCGCAGUCAUGCCAUAUUUCAGUUGACGGUCAUUCAGGAACAGACAAUACCGGCGAAGGACCGAUACUCACGGCCGACCGUGCGUUGCCGGGCAGGACGCAUCAAUCUUGUCGACCUCGCAGGCUCGGAGCGCGGUGGGUUCCAGGACUACGUGAAGGAGUCCGCGGCGAUUAACACAUCUUUGUUGGCUCUCCGUCGUGUGAUUGACAAUCUGACAGAGCGGCAGAAUAUCCUUAUGGAACAAGCAAAGGCGGAAAUAACCGGGGCAUACUAUCAAGAGCGUACACUGCCGCAAGUCCCCUUCCGCGAUAGCGUACUGACGUGGUUGCUCAGUGACAGUAUUGGGGGCAAUGCGCGUACCACCAUGGUAGCGACACUCAGUCCACUUGUGAAGAACUACGGUGACACUCUCGCAACCCUGCAGUGGAGCAGUAAAGCUCGAAACUUAGUGACGCUUGUAAAAGUGAAUGACCCCUUGACGACGGUGACGGGCGGUAUGGCAAACAAGGCUGGUGAGUUACACAAUGCGGUGCGCAUUCAACGACAGAACAUGGACUCGCUGCGGGAGGCCCUGCGGCAAAAGCAGGAAUUUGCAGAGCAACUAGAAAGGGAAUCUCGAUCCAUGACGCGUCAGACGGCGAAAAACAAGGAGGUACUGAGUAGCGUCAUGCGGCAGUUCAACGCCGCCACCGUCCAACGCGCCCUGCAUCGCGCUGUGUGGAAGAAAAAUAUGAAGGUUUUGAAGGCUCAUCAUGAUAAGCUUACUAGUCAGCUCUGUGAGAGAAAUAAGGAGGUGGAAAACGUCUACAUGAAGCAGUCCGCCGUGAAGGAGGAAAUGGCAGCGCUGCAGCAGAAAUUAGGGGAGGAGCGUCAACGCGAGGAAGAACUACGUGUGAUGAUUGCGGAGAGGGAGAGCAAAGAUGAUGCUGCAGAGAGUGUUUUUACCGCGUUGGAGGCAGAGUACAAUGCCGCGCUGAAACAAUUACGUACAGAUGUGAUUACACAAGGAGACGCUGCGGAUGCGCAUUCUGAACAGCCAAGUGCCCGACGGCGCGUUGAUGCGGCCCGGCAGAAUGUCGACGAAACCAACCAGAAGGCUGACAUGAUGGAAGCAAAGAUUAAGGAAAGCAAACAGAGAAGCUGGCGCGAGAAGAUUGCGCAAGAUGAACGAGAUGCCAUGGAACUGAGAAGUGAACGCAACGAGUUGCAGCGCAAAUUAGACGAACUGCGAUCGCAACAGGAAGAGUUGCGCACGGCAUUGAGGAAGAGGAAUAAGGGGAGAAAGUGA